UCGAUAACAUUCGUCGACGGCGGUUAUGAGAAUCGUGGAGCGUGCGAGUGAGCGAGGAGAUCCGCGAUGCGGGAUCGUGCGAUCAGUGUCGCGUGAUGAGCGCGGAAGCCUAUUGCGUACAGUAACGUUAUUAGUGUAUAUACUUGUAUAUAGAUCUCUCAUUUUCUCGCAAUGUGUACCUGAUUAAUUAGCACGCUUUAAUCACACCACGUUAAAACGACACACGAUGUCUGCUCUACGAAAGAAAGCAAGUCGAAGACUUCCGAAAGAGCAGAGAGAUACUGAUAAUCUUGCUGGCCACGAUAAUCCGGCUUUACCGGAACCUGGGCCAUUCAAAUUUAGAAGAAGAAGAACUGAUAAUCUUGUAGGAGCAGACGUGACCAUUGACGACUUUGCUAAUACAUUACGGAUACAUGCAAGGUUUAAGAAAUCAGUUACAAAUGUGUCUAAUGAAGUGAAACAGGAAGCAACAAAACAAGAAGAAGAGAAAUUAGUAUGGGAUGACACAGAUGACGAGAACUCAUUAAAAGAUAAUAUAAAAGGAAGGAGGAAUAGAAGAAGAUUGAAAUGUCAAAAAAAUAAUAAUGAAGAUGAAGGAAUUGAUUAUCCAUUAGAUAUAUGGUUUAUUAUCUCAGAAUACGUACAACCUGAAGCAGUAGGAAAAUUUGCAAGGAUUUGCAAAAGUUCUUACUAUGUAACUAUCACUGGAAAAUUUUGGUUUCAUUUAUACAAGUCAUAUUACAAAUUCGUACCAGAUUUACCAGAGCACUUGCAACCACAGUGUAUGAGGUUACAUGGACUAAGAGCUUGUGUUAUCAGGGCAUUACAUUACAGUUAUUUUAGAACAUCGGAAAGCGAAGGAGACGAUAUGUCUUACUUACGACAGGAGGAACCGCAUUCUCUUGUGAAAAGAAAAUGCACUCUCAUGUGGCAUAAAGAAGGAAAAGUACGAUGGUAUUUCUAUUUUAAGUUGAAGGAAAUUUCCAAAAUACGUAACAGCCCAUUAAAGCAAAAUAAACAUUGUAAUGUUAAAAAAACAGAAUUUUCCGAAACGUUGGAAGACGUGGCUGUUAAUCCUGAAGACGGUUGCAAAGUGCUUAGGGUGAGUUGCUCAAAAUAUAGUAUGUUACCACCGGUGAUUGGAUUGAUUCUGCAAACAGUAUCUAUGAAUUUAAUGCCUGGCUUCAGAGAAUACAGACUUCAACUUGGAUUCGGAACGUCGGAUGUUCCUAGCACAUUAACGAAUCAAAUAAUACUUCGUAAUGUUAUCGGAUAUAGUAUCUUAAAUUGGUGGGAUCCUGCUUAUCCUCAUCAGGAUGUAAAUUAUACGAUCGAAUUGCCACAAAAUGACUCGUGGGAAAUCUAAAAUUUAUUACAGAUUGUUCUUAUAUUUUGUGUA